AUGAAGAGCUACCUCAUCGUCACUCUCAUUGGCACUCUUGCCGCUACUAUCAAUGGUAUCCCCAUCAUUGACAACGCCAACGUGGCUGGCACCAAGACCGCCCAGACCGGCACUGCUUCCAACGGCGUCGUCUACGGUCUUGGUCCUCACCGUUUCGACAACAUUCAAGGCCCUGAUGGCAAGUUGCCUGGCUCCAUCGUCGGCAUCCACUCGUCUUCCCUGGAUGCUCCUAUCCCCACUGAGAUCAAGUUCGGCACCUUCUGGCCUACUCACACUGCCACUGGCACUUUCACUGGUCCCUACACCAUUCACACGACCGGUACCGAGGCGGCUCCCGCGACCUUCGAGACCAUGAUCACCGAGCGCAAGGCCAAGAUGACCCCCACUGUCUGCAUCCUCCGCUACGAUCCCAAUUCCACCCGCGUCAAUGAGUGCCUCGGUCAAGGCUCUGAAAUUUCGAACACGAAGCACACCCAGACGACUAACACGCCUAUUCCGACCAUCAUCUCCACGGCUUCACCCACCAUCACGAGCUCUACCCGCAUAGGAUACGACAAGUACUGGUGGAUACUCUGUGGACAGUUCUCGAUUGGCGCCCGCCCUGCGGAGUGCGCUAUCAUGACCCCUUCUCCCUUCGCUACUGGUCCUGAGCCCACCCUGGAGUUGACUACGAUCAGCAGCAUGAUCCUCCCUACUCCCAUCAACAAGGACACCACAUCCACCGAGGCCUGGAUGGAGUUGACUACCAUCAGCAGCAUGAUCACAUCUAUUCCUUUCAACAAGGACACUUCCACUACCAGCGAACUCUUCAUGGUCUUGACCACCAUCACCAGUCUCAUGGACCCCACCCUUACAGACAAGGAUGUCAUGUCAACUACCACCAUCUCGAUUGUUGCUCAGACCAACCACCCCGAGACGGACUACACUUUCACCAAGAUCGACUCCGCGCCCGUUGCAACCGGUAGUGGCUGA